AAAUAUAAAGGAGGGAGAGAGGAAGGCAAGAUGUAAAUGGAGUGUUGUCAUUCUCUUUUAACUCUUAUCCGCAACAACAUAGAAGACAUGAGCAGACUUAGUGUAUGGGGCGGCCCAUCGGCGAGCGUAUUUCCCAUCGGCAAUGAAAAGGUGUUCAGCUCCAUUUGGGAUUCGAGAAGAAAGGCGCAUUUCACAAGGAAGACGAUACGGAGCUGCGCAGCAGAUUUCAAGGUGCUCACUUCUGUUACAAGUAAUUAUAAUAACAUUGUAAUCCUCGAUACUCCAGAAUCACGAGUCCUGCUUCUCGAUUCUUCCAAUAAUGUGCAUAGCAUCCUUCACAAGGGAACCAAAUGGACUGGUGCAUAUUGGGAUGAGUUUGCUAGCUUGCCGGCCAUUGUUCCAAAGGGCCCUCUCGCAAUCUUUGGCUUGGGGGGCGCAACUGCUGCACAUUUGAUGCUUGAACUGUGGCCUUCUUUGCUGCUUGUUGGAUGGGAGAUAGAUGAAAUUUUGAUUGCAAAAGCAAGAGAAUAUCUUGGGCUCUCUGAUCUGGAGAAGCAUACUCAAGGUGGAGGUGUGUUGGAGGUUUAUAUUGGAGAUGUAUUUUCUUCAUCUGUUACUAUUCCUGGAGGUUAUGCUGGUAUAAUAGUUGAUUUGUUUUCUGAUGGCAAGGUUUUGCCACAACUGGAAGAGGUUACAACUUGGUUGGAGAUGAAUAAGAUGUUGAUGCCCAAUGGUCGUCUCAUGGUGAAUUGUGGUGCUGCUACCAAAGAAUUGUCUGAUACUUCUGAAAUGAUGCAACCAGAUAUUCCCAAAAGGGAUGACCCUUUGGAACUAAACGCAACUAUCAAUGCAUUAUGCAAGGCAUUUCCUGAGCAAGUAAGCUGGAAAAAGCUGCCAAAGAGCGCAGGAGAAAAUUAUCUUGCACUGACAGGACCAUUACCAGAUUUGGAUAUUUGGUCUGCUCAUCUCCCGGAUCUAUUAAGCUCAAGUGUCAAAGAAUGGAGAAGUUGCACGCCUUCCCCUUAGUGAAUGUGACAUUGGGACUUGGUUAAGAUGUAAAUUUCCACAUGCCAAACCAUGCAGAAAAGAAGGAAAACAGGGGGAUGCAGCCAUUAUAGAUUGACCCACAGGCAACCAUCAGGCACGCCCUAGUCACCCUUUAUCCAUCUGACAGUGGCCUGUUUCUAUCUUGAUUUGCAGUAAUUUCCAAUCACUUCAGCUCUCCCUGUUGCAUAUUAAACGUGAUGAAUGUCACUGAGAGUCUGAACUCUGCUUAAGUUAGGAUACUACUUUGAGUUGUUACUACGUCAUCACUCAUCACCAAUCGUGGAAAAGCGUGAUGAUUUAGAACAAACCGGGCAUGCUGUAUUAAUUGAACCCAACUUCAGGUUAGAUAAUUUAUUUAUUUAUUUCAGCAAUGAAGAUGAUAAUGUAUGCUGAAAUGUAGUUGUUGAAGCAUGUGAUUAUCUCAUCUAAAUGUUUAAGUUAUUAGAGAAUUAUAUGUUUGCUAUGA